GCUAAGGACACAAACUCCUCGAAAUCCUCGUGGUCCAGCACACAAAGAGAGCCUUGACGCCCGGGCUGCACGUGAUGGCAGUGGAAAAUGCAGGUCAGUAGAUAAGGAGGCAGCCACUGCCUCCCAGUAUAAAACUGGGCAGGCUGGGAGCAGCUCAGCUCAGCUGCUGUGAGCUCCGAGAAGCUGCGUGAGGAGCACUGGACAAGUCCUGCACCAUGAAGUGGCUCAUCCUGGCCCUGCUGUGUCUCCAGCUCUCAGAGGGGUUGGUGAGAAUCGAGCUGAAGAAAGGCAAAUCCAUACGGGAGAGGAUGAGGGAGGCUGGAGUGCUGGAGGACUACCUGAGGAGGAUGAAAUCUGCUCCAGCUCAGAAAUUCAACGCCAGUGAGGGCUAUGUUGUGAACGAGCCCAUAACCAACCACCUGGAUGCCUCCUACUUCGGGGAGAUCAGCAUUGGGACCCCUCCACAGAAGUUCUUGGUACUGUUUGACACUGGCUCCUCCAACCUCUGGGUGCCCUCCACCUACUGCCAGACCCCAGCCUGCUUCAACCAUGCCAAGUUCAACCCCAGCUCCUCCUCCACCUUCAGCUCCACUGGCCAGUCCUACACCCUGUCCUACGGCAGCGGCGCCCUCACCGUGCUCCUGGGCUCCGACACGCUGAGGAUCCAGAGCAUCACGGUCACGCAGCAGGAGUUUGGGCUCAGCCAGAACGAGCCCACCCAGCCCUUCUACUUUGCUGAGUUUGAUGGGAUCCUGGGAAUGGCCUACUCCUCCCUGGGAGUGGGAGGGAUGCCCACUGCGCUGCAGGGCAUGCUGCAGCAGAACCAGCUCACCCAGCCCAUCUUCAGCUUCUACUUCUCUCGGCAGCCCACCUACAGCUACGGGGGAGAGCUGAUCCUGGGGGGCACCGACAGUCGCCUGUUCCGCGGGGACAUCGUCUGGGCACCCCUGACCCAGCAGCCCUACUGGCAGCUUGCACUCGACAGGUUUGCCAUUGGGCAGACAGCAACUGGCUGGUGCAGCCAGGGCUGCCAGGCCAUCGUGGACACGGGCACCUACCUGCUGACUGUGCCCCAGGAGUACAUCGAUGGCUUCCUGCAGUACACAGGUGCCCAGCAGACCAGCUAUGGGUACGCAGUUGACUGCAGCCGGAUCCAGAGCAUGCCCACCAUCACCUUCGUCAUCAGUGGGGCUCUGCUCCCACUCUACCCCUCUGCCUAUGUCAUCAACAAGAAUGGCUACUGCACCCUUGGCAUUGAGCCCACCUACCUGCCCUCCCAGGAUGGGCAGCCCCUCUGGAUCCUGGGGGAUGUGUUCCUCAAGGAGUACUACACCAUCUUCGACAUGGCCAACGGCCGCAUCGGCUUUGCCACCUCAGCCUAGAGGGCUUGGAGCAGCAAACCUCAGCCCCUCUCCUGGCCUGGAGCAGCUCUUGGGCUUCCUCUGCACUUUGGUGUUCCUCUCUGUCCACACAGCUCCCUGUCCCUCUGGGAUUUCUCAGUGUGUCCUCACAGGCUCCUGUUAUAAAUAAACCCCAACAGCUCAGGCUGCCUCUCA